CUUUUCUUCAGGACAGAGUUGGUGAAGUGAGACUUCAUCCUCACCCUGUAAGUAAUGCGCAAGUUUGGAACUUUUCAUCUCCAUCUGAGCUCAUCCCACUUGUAGGUAACUCACCAGUGUGUUUUCCAAAUCUCUAAGAUGGUGCGUGAACAGUACACAACGGUCACGGAGGGCACCCACAUAGAGAGGCCAGAGAGCCAGCACGUCUACAAGAUUGGGAUCUAUGGCUGGAGGAAGCGCUGCCUCUACUUAUUUGUUCUUCUCCUGCUCAUCAUCCUGGUUGUGAAUCUUGCUCUUACAAUCUGGAUUCUUAAAGUGAUGUGGUUUUCUCCAAUAGGAAUGGGACACUUGCAUGUUACAAAAGAUGGACUUCGCCUGGAAGGAGAAUCAGAAUUUCUGUUUCCAUUGUAUGUCAAAGAAAUACGUUCCAGAAUGGACUCAUCUCUGCUUCUACAGUCGACUCAGAAUGUGACCGUCAGUGCUCGCAACACAGAAGGGGAGGUCACAGGCAGAUUAAAAGUGGGCCCCCAAAUGGUAGACGUCCAGAGCCAGCAGUUUCAGAUUAGUUCUGAAGAUGGCAAGCCGCUAUUCACCGCUGAGGAGGAGAAAGUCAUGAUUGGCACAGGCAGACUGAGGGUAACGGGGCCAGAAGGAGCUCUUUUUGAACACUCGGUGGAGACCCCCUUUGUCACAGCAAACCCAUAUCAAGACCUUAGGUUAGAAUCUCCAACUCGGAGUCUAAGCAUGGAUGCCCCAAGGGGGGUUCACAUUAAAGCUCAUGCUGGAAAAAUCAAGGCCCUUUCUCAAAUGGACAUCAUCUUGCAGAGCAGCGAUGGAGCACUGGUCCUUGAUGCUGAAACUGUGGGUUUGCCCAAGUUGAUACAGGGGACCCAGGGUCCCUCUGGCAGCGCUCAGGGAUUUUAUGAAAUCUGUGUCUGUCCUGAUGGAAAGCUAUACCUGUCUACAGCUGGUGAGGCCACCACUUGUGAGGAACACAGUCGCAUCUGUCUCUGAUGGCUGCCUCUUCUGCAGAGCACCUGUGUUGUCCCAGUGAGCUGAGAGGUGUGGCUACUCUCUUCAUACUCUGGGCAGUUGGACACCCUUCACAAGCAAAAGGAGAUAGGGUGGGAGUGCAAGGACAUACUUGCAAAGCACUCAGCAGGGGAAAACAUGCCAAUGGAACUUAUGGCUCAAAGACCGGAUUUCAAAAUAGCACAUGGGUGUCAAACACAAAUGUCAAGGGUUUUUUUACCUUCCUAGCCUCCCUCUCCAUCUCUCCUGUUGAACUGCUAUGUGGAAGCAAUUUAUAAUACUCAACAGAAGUCAUCUAUCUCCUCACAAAACUAGGGCUGACUGGUCGAUCCUAAAGUGUCCCACCUGUGCCAUACUUUUCUUUAUACUAGUUCUCCAUUCAAUUGAGUAGAGUGUGUGAGGUCUCACCAAAACAACAAACCUCUUCAGGUCUUGAAGGGAACUUGAAGUUGAUCUGAUUUUCAAUAUGUACUUAAGGGAAGAAAUUACACUACAUACCAAUGAGCAAUAAAAUAAACCAUCAUUUUGGAGAACAGAGUUUAGGAGUAUCUUACUUUCCUCAGUGUUCACAACAACUCUUUUGAGGUGGGUAUUAUUUUUCCUCAAAUUAUUUGUGAAAAAGACUCAAACUAGUCAGCCAUAAGGCACAAGACCCCAGGUAAUUACUGAAAUCAACCCAAAAUGUGUUCCUAAAGCUGCGUUAUUAUUUUCACUUAGAAAAACUUUGAUACAUUCAUUCCACUCAACAGCUGUAUGUAUAGAGGUAUGAUGUUAAUUUGACAAAUGAAUAAACUGAAACCCAAAGCUUUUUAAUCUAUCAGGAUCUCAUUGCUGAAAGUGCUGAACACCCUGCCUGCCGAGCUUGCUUCCACAAAACAGAGAAAGGCUAGAUGCAGCUCACAGGAGACUUUUGUAGUGUGUAAAUGUUGGUAAAAAUAAAACAAGACACAACCUAGGUUUUUGUGGAGGCCAUUCAGUGACUAUAAAGAUGCACAUCAUAAAAAAUGAUGAAAAUUGCUUGCUUUGUUUUUACCAAUUUUAGAAGAAGCUCCUAUCACUUAAGAUGGUGUGAGUCCAGCUAGCCUGCAGCUUCUUGCCCAUAGGAUCUGUAAAACUAACAGGUCACGCUCAUCUUGUCCUCUCAAGCAGGAGAAAGAAGAAAGUGAACUCUUUGAUGCUGUUUUGGUAAGGUGUACAUCUACUGCAGCUCACUGACAAAGCUCUCUUUUCAGUGGUAACACAUAA